AUGGGAUGUUGCUUGCUCGCGAACCACACUACUACUUCAACAACUUCAACACUUCAAGAGACAGCCAUCUUCGACCUUCUCUUCAACACUAAUCAUGUCAACUUUGAACGAGAAGCUUCUAGCUCUACAGCAAGUGCCAUCACUGCCUGUAUAUCUACUAAAGACCUUAAAAACAAGGACGGCUACACAAUCGUCGAUGCCAAAAGGGUAGAGACUAGGUUUGGCAUCACUAUAGUUUGUGAGAUUGUCAUGCCCGACCAAAGUCACGCUGUCACAUAUCUACCUUCAAGAUUCCACCACGAACUUUGCAACGAGGACUUUGUACAGUUGAAGAGCUCAGGAUACAAGCUGAGGACCACAGGCAUGUCUUGGCAGGGCUGUCGACCUUCUUAUUUACAAGGAGUGAAACACAAUGUUUUAGAGUCCUAGAGUUGUUUGAUAUUACAUUUGGUUUUGUACAGAC